GAUUUCAGUACCAAUUGUGCUGCAGAAUCCAACAAUCAUCACAUCAGAACUCAGAACAUGGCUUACGAGUACUUUCCGAUCACCGAUCCAACUUGGGAGGAAACGAAUCAAGAGUUAGGUGAAAGUGAUUACAUUCUGGUGAAACCAAAAGACUACUCCCAUGUUCCCAUUGGCAUCCCAAAUUGGGAACCUCAGCCCUGUUGCAUGUCGGAACUGUUUAAAAAUUGGGAACGUGAGCUGCACCAGUUUGAAGUGAAGCCCGAUGACGUUUGGGUGGCUACGUAUCCCAAAAAUGGUACCACCUGGACUCAGGAGAUGGUUUGGUUGAUUUGUAACGGACUGGAUUUCGAAAAAGCUCGAAACAACCACAUUCGACAGAGGUUUCCCUUCUUGGAGAUUUCUACAAUGAUCAGUGAUAGAGACUCCUUCGGCUUGGUAAGAAAUAUGGCUAGUCCACGGUUUAUCAAAACGCAUCUACCCGUGGGACUUUUGCCUCCUCAGAUAUGGUCCGUGAAACCUAAAAUUGUUCACGUUAAACGAAAUCCCAAAUCGGUUGCCGUUUCCUACUAUCAUCAUUCGAAAAAUAUUCACUACAAAGGCAGUUUGGAUCAGUUCAUCCACUCCUUCAAGAAAGAUCUACAAUACUACUCACCCUAUCACAAUCAUGUGAUAGAAUACCACGAACUUCAAAAUUAUGAAAACAUUCUGUACCUAUCCUAUGAAGAUAUGAAACGGGAUCUACGAUCUUCGAUACUUGAAACUUGUCACUUCUUCGGGGAAACUUAUACGGAUGAACAAAUUGAACAGCUCUGCCAACACCUAUCAUUCGAUUCGAUGAAAGCCAACAAUAAAGUGAACUACACCGAUGAGAAAGGCGAAGGAAAGUUCAUGCGUCAGGGUACGGCUGAUGGUUGGAAAAGAGAGUUGAGCGUUGAACAGAUAACCGAAAUCGAUUGCUGGACUGAGGACGUCGUCGAAGAAAAGUAUCGUUAUUUGUUUGAUGUAUAGUGGACUAAAAUAUAGAUUACGAAAAAAAUGCUUCAAAGUAUGAAGUAAAGACGAUCUGACGAA